CUUGGCUCCGGAAAGGCGGGUCGCCCGGUCGGUCUGCGAGAAAAAAAAAACGAUUGGUUCGGGCGAGCGGCGUUGGAGGAGGAGAGAGAAAGAAGCGGCAGCCAUCCAUGGCGUUGCUCUCCGUCGCCCUGUCUCUUUCCUCUUCAUCUUCUACGGCGGCUCUAGGUGUUGCGCCGCCGCUAACAGCCGCUUCUCGCCCAGCCCCCCAUAUCGGCAGCCGGCAGCCCUCCGCCUUGCUGAUGCCGCCUCUACCUCUUCGACGACGAACAGCAAUCGCCCGUGGCAGUCGGAGGCGGAAGCCUGAGGUCGUCUGCAUGGCGCCCGAAGAAGAGAAGAUGACUCGCCGUUCUCCUCUCGAUUUUCCCAUCGAAUGGGACAGGCCCAAGCCUGGGAGAAGACCAGAUAUAUUCCCCCAGUUUAGCCCUAUGAAAACACCGUUGCCACCACCGUUGCCUGCUGAUCCCCCGGAAGAAGAUGAGGAAGAGGAGGAAAAGAAAGAGGAAGAAGAAGAAGACCCUGAAAAGGAGGAGCCAGAGAAACCAGAAACACAAUAACACUUACCUUCUUUACUAUGGAGAAAAUUUCCUGGACACUUACAUAGGCGGGUGCUAUUCAUUUAUUUGUAUACUGUGGUCUUAUUGAUAUACCUCUUUGCUGCGGUUUCCUUGCAUCAUUUUGAUAAUCGAUAUUGGGUUGGACACACUUGGGACA